UCUAACUUAGUUUUAUUUACAGAAAGGUUGUGUCUCAUUUGUUUGAUUGUGAAGAGCAGAAACAAUGUGUGAUCCUACAGCUGAUGUGGCUCUCUCAGCUGUGGAGUCCAGCUUGUACAACACCGUCAAUGCUCUUCUCAAAGAGAUGAACAGCAGAAGUGCUUCGCAGAAAGGAAUGCUUAGAUGGAGUCUUCAGAAGAAGUUGGAGGGUGAUCCAUCCUGCAGCGUUUCAUUGAUCAGAGUGCUGGUUGAAGAGUUGGACAAGAAGCUAAACACGACUGACACGAUUCAUGAAACACGAUCCUACAUGCACAUCAUCCCAGUGCUGCACACACUAUACUAUGUGAUCAUCCAGUCUGAUGUCAUGAUUCCUACCAGCCUUUACCAGAAGGUGAAUGAGAGUCUGAUGAAACUGCUGAUAUUACCGUCGCCUUACUCGGCUGUGGCCCUAAGCACUCUGAGGAGCAUCAAGAUGGAAAUGGCCACACCAGGUUCCUUAUAUCAGAGGAGAAUCAUUGCAGAGCAGAACUUGAAGAAUGAGCAUUUUACCAUACAGGAAGAGGUGUUUGUACUUGCUGACCCAGCUGUGUUCUCUGCUCCGCUGGAAGCAAAAGUAAGAGCACACUUGGAGGUGUCCAGCACGCUCAGGAACGCUUCAACUGUGAAGAAAAAUGUGGUGCUACAUAUGCUGCAGACAGGGUUGGGGACGACCUGCCAAAGCUCCAGACUGGCUCAGGCUCUGGAGGCUUUAGGGCACCAAGUGGUAGAGAAAUAUUUCCAGGAAGUGGUUCUUCUUGUGGAGCAGAGUAUAAAGCAUGGUACAGAUGGUCGUGCAAACUAUUUGAACAAACUACAACACAUAUACAGAGACAUCUUGACUGCCUCUAAAGAAGAAAUAACCAGGGUAGAUGAUGGUCAACCUGUGCGUGGCACUGCAUUGCCCUUUCCAGAGAUCAACUUCCUCUUGUGGAAAGACAAAGAGGAUCUAAGUAAUCUGCUGGUAAACUUUGCCCGGCGAUGCUACCCUGACUCCAGUGUUGAUGAAGACGUGAAGGACAAAAGAGAUUCAGUUCGGUCUGAGGACAGUGGGAUUGAGAGAGAUCAAAAGGAGUGUGGCUUUGAUGACAAAGACAGGCAACUAGUCAGAAAUUCUGCAUUGGCAGUCAGUCGGAGAAAUGCCUUAAAGUCAACAAAGUCAGGACAUAGACGGAGACUAGUGAGCAAGAGGACAGAAGAAUUUUCCAGAAAGUCUCCUGCCGUUGAAGAAGACAAGAGGCGUCACACAGCACGGAUAGUGGUAAUGGGGGACGAUCGUGUGCUGGGAAUACUUACCAAUGCUUAUCACUCUAUUCGAGAGUCAAAGCGUCUUAUUAUGACCAAGAAACUGAACCUACAGCUCUACUACAUCCCAGUCACUGAUGUGUUGCCCGUGCUCCGUUCACCUGAUAGCCCAUGUCAGAAUGAUGGCAGACUGUCUCUUGCAUCCUAUUUGGGAAGAGUGGAUCCAUGGUACAACAGCACAGUCAACGGUCUGGGGGCUGCAAUCCCCAAACUGGCUGAACCGCACUCUCAUCACAGCCAGCCAUCCAUGCAAAACCUCUUCCUACUGGACACCCUGUGUUACUACCUUCGCUGUGGGACACAGCCAGUUAACCUGCCGCUCUACUCGGUUAAGAUGACCUGCUCCAGCUGUGAUGGGAGAGCUGUGGUGAAAGAGGUGUUCGUGUCCCAUCUAGAGGCAGACAUCCCUGAUUUUAGACACCUAAAAGAAAGCAGCUCAAGGAAGCCCUCUUCACGCAGAAGGACUUCAGCAGUGGAAGUCUUUGGGGCAGUCAUCUCAGUCAGUUACACAAAGAUCUCUCUAAGCAAACGAGAAGUUGUAAAGGGAGAGGCACCCAUGACAUGUGGUGUGGUGAUUACAUCUGAGCCAGCAGCAGUAACAUCAGGUGAGAAUUACCUCACUGUCAGGUUCAACAGUUUAAACCCAGUAUUCAACACAGAGAUCCAAACACAAAACAUUAGUUUCAGAACGAUAGAGCAGCGAACACUCUCAGUGUGCCUGGACAAGGACAUUCGCAGGACAUACACUGAUGUCCAAAGGGUAGAAAUUUCUCCAUGCUUGGACCCAGGAUGCAGCAUCCAGUCCUGGUUUGAUGUCAGCAGCGAGGGAGGGCUGCCGUUGAGCAGAUAUCUGGACAAAGACCUGUCACUGCCAAUCAACACCUUCAGUGGUGUGACCCUCUGAAGGGACAUGAGCUGUCUAGUUCAUGUGUGCAUAUAAAACAAUAAUGCCAAUCACAAAUUUGGUGUCAUUGUUCAUUAAGCAUUUGUAAGCACCUCAUAUAAACAUUUAAUAAAUAAUUUACACACACUAUAAUAUAAUUGUAAAUGGCUAUUUGGGCCCAAUUUGGACAUUUUCACUUAGGGGUGUCCUCACUUUUGUUUCCAGCAGUUUAGACGUUAAUGGCUGUGUGAUGUGUUAUUUUGAGGGGACAGUGAAUUUACACUAUUAUACGUACAAGCUGUACACUCAUUACUUUAGAUUGUAGCAAAGUGUCAUUUCUUUAGUGUUGUCACAUGAAAAGUUGUAAUCAAUUAUUUACAAAAAAGUGAGGGGUUUACUCACUUUUGUGAGAUACUGUUAGUGUUUAUAAUGUAUUUGUCAACAACUUUAACUCAUCCUGUUCACCCCUAAGUGAAUGUUUGUAUAAAAUGAUAAUGAAUGACAAUAUAGUAAAACACAGUUAUAAUAAUUAAAACACUUAAAAUGUCCCCAGGUGUGUUUACAAAUACAUUUUAAUGUGUUAUAAUAAUUAAUAUAUGUAUUAAAUGUGUAUAUACUGCUUAUAAUGCUAAAGAAGGGGGUUGAAAAUAAAGUGUUUUCCAACAUUUUUUAUUGAAUUCUAAAAUGAAUUUGUG